AUGUCGUCAGGAUUGUGUAUUCAAUGGAUUCGCAAUGAAUUAGAGACGCAUGGUGAUCUAAAGGAACUUUCACCACCACUUGUUGAGACCAAUUCGUUGUGCGAGUUUGUGACCGAUGGGCGUGCUUUGUGUCUACUAACUAACGCUGUUUUAGAAGGGGAAGAGGAUGAAUUACCCAAGAAACUUCAACGCUCAUUACGUCAGCUAAGUAAGUUUCAUGCACUUGAGCGUGUACAAUUUUUUAUCAAAUGGUGUCGUACACGUGCGAAACUUGAGGAACAUCAAGUAUUUACGACUGUUCAACUUUUGGACGAAGUAAAUGAAGUAGCUGUGUCCGAGACAAUCAUUGCUUUGCGUAAUAAAACACGUCCAGGGUAUAAAGCUACGAGUGUUUUAUCACAAUAUCAUUUUAACGGAGAUAAGAAUCGUACGACGAGUCUUUCCAGUACAACCAACUCAAGUGCGAACAAUGCGAAUCGUUUGAGUUCAUUCCUUAAUAAGUUUCCAUCUGCUCCGGUCGUGGCUACAAAAUCUGCUAAACCAUCAACUGUGCGCGUGUCUCUUACCUCAAGUGUCAGUAGUACUUCAUCUCCACGUGAGCUAGAAGAACCUGUACCAGAUGAAGAUGCGAAUUCCAAGUCACGACUUCGUAUUCCCUCGAUUUUUAAAAGUAACAAUACCGCGUCUGGUACACCACGUAGUAGUGUUAUAAGCAAUACAUCAUCGACGACUUCGUCAAGCAAAGACGACGGUCCAGAGUCACGUUCACGUUCGUGGUCCAGUAAACUUUCAGCAUUCUCACGUAGUGUCUCGUCGUCCAAUUCGUCAGCUCCUCAUUCGAGUCCAAUAGGAAAUGACGAGGAUAAUAAUACUACACCACCUUCCUCGCCACCACAAUCUCCUCCAAACCGUACAAGUAUUCCUACAAUGCCGACAAAAUCUGCUCCAAAGUCAUUAUCUAAGCUUUCGGCGUUUUUAAGCAGUGUCGAAACGACAUUUUCUACUCCUGUGUCAACUUCGCCUUUGCAAGAUGAAAGUUUUAUGGAAGCUAAGCCAGAAGAGAAUUUGAAGAUUGAGAAUAAUCAGGAAGAGCACGAUUUUGUUGAGCAAAAUGAAGCUGACAAGGAUGAGGCGAUAUCGGUAAAGGCUGAAGCUCCAGAAGAGGAAGAUGAUUUUGUGGCGGUAGAAGCUGAAGAUGCUACAACAGAAGCGGUUGAGAAUGAUGAUUCUAGCGAGAAAGAUGAGGGUGCUGGUGAUAUUAAACCUGAAGAAUCUCUUCAUGUAUUGGACGUGGAAAGAAACACGAGAGAGUCGGAAGAAGAAGAAAUAUUGACGAGAACGGACAAUUUAUUGGAGGUGGAGGAACCAGUUUCAGCUGUAGAAGAUGUGACAGUGUCGACGGAACUUGUGCAACAAAACGAUCGUCUUGUGAUGGAGAAUGCAGCUCUGGUACAAAAGCUUCAGACUUCAGAAGUGAUUGUAGCAGCAAAAGAUACAGAAUUGGAAGUAUUGAAACAACAAAUCGAGCAAUUGAAGAAACAACUUGAUAAGGAACAGAUCUGUACACAAGAAAAGCAGUUGGCGGCUGAAAAGUUGGCAGCUGAAGCUGCUGCCGUUCGUGCUGAGCUUAUUACGUCACAUGAUGCGACGGAGACGAAGGAACUGAAGGAAGCCAAAGUGCAAGUUAAAGAAUUGACAGCUCAGAAUGAAAGUCUUUUGAUUGAUUUGGCGAAUUUGCGCGAAGAAUUUCAGACGCUCGAGCAAUCUGUCCAACUCGCUCGAGAUAGUGAAGAAGCAGCACGAUAUGCAGCUCAAGUUGCAUUUGCUGCUCGUGAUUCUGCAGAUGAAAUGAUUCAACAAUUUAAAAACCAGCUCGAAAAGUAG